UUGUAUUUAUUCUCGUGUUCUGGAACACCCGGCUAGCUUGGUAACUUUCCUAGGGCUUUGAAUAUUGGUCGGUACAGAUCCAGAGAGCGUCAAGAGAGCGUGGAAGAGGAACAGAGAGCUAGAGGGAGAGAUGGGGAAGACGCCGGUGAGGAUGAAGGCAGUGGUUUAUUCCCUAUCGCCAUUCCAGCAGAAGAUUAUGCCGGGAUUGUGGAAGGAUCUUCCGAACAAGAUUCACCACAAAAUCUCUGAUAAUUGGCUAAACACUGUUCUUCUCCUAGGCCCGCUCAUCGGAACCUACUCGUAUGUUCAGCAUUACAAGGAGAAGGAGAAGCUUGCGCACAGGUAUUAAAUCUGAAGUCUUACAGAAGAUGCUGAAUAUGGAUUGCAGUAUCUGAAUCAGCGUAUAUGUUUUUUCCUGCAUAAAUAUUGAGACCUUUUUUAAAUAAAUUAGAUUAAUAACUGCAUUUUGCUGCACUGAUGGGAGUAUUUGUUUAAUUAUUUUAGUAAUAAUUACCGACAUAAUUGAAUGU